UCAUUCGACUAAGAACUACAGGCAGAUAAACUUGCAUAAACCGUUUGUAAUUUGUGUUUUAUUCGUUUUGAUCAUUAAAAAGGUAAGCGAAUUAUGUUUAUCUGCGAUUUUUAGAUUAUAUGUCCUUUAUGCUAUUAAAAUUAACAGUUAAGCAUUUUUUAAAGUUAUCUUUUUGAUUUGUCAACCGUCCCUUCGUCAUUGUAAAAACAUGCUUCUAGACGAAAGCCCUCAUGAAACGUUCACAUUUUACUGUACGUGUUACUAAACGUGCGAAUUCAUGCAUAAUUAAGAAUUGUAUAUGCAAGUGCUACAAAUUUGUUGUUUUUUUCCCUUUUAACUUAACUUCGUAUUGUUUCGCAACCUGUUGAAUCAACGAACAACUUUCUUUUUUUUACAAUUUUUUUUUAUUCUGUGGAAGGAAAAGAGUGAUUCAAGAUGGAAAGGUCCCGAAGAGAGUCCCCAAAGGAAGCCAUAGCAAAAGACGUUCGGCUGAUGGGAGCACUGGAGGGACUUGCGUCUUGUUUGAAUUGUUUGAGUAGCCCUUUGUAUUCACUUGGAAGUGUGUUACCAUAAACGUGAUUCCUAGCGAAAUGUUUAUGAACAUGCAAAAGGAAUUAAGAAAAGUCCUUUUAAAAAUAUUAAAGAAACACAGUAAUGUGAAAACCAAUUAACAAACAAAAUUCAAACACCGACUACCUAGUGGCUUAAGUCCCCGAACGCUCACGGUCGCAUCGACGCAACUUGACUGAAUUACCCUAAAUGUUUUGUUAUGAUCGUCUGGAGUCUCCCGAAAUUUGUUGCCAAAAUUGGUACACAUUCGUCCGAAAAAAAAAAUGUAUCUCUUGUUCCAUACAAGCCAUAGCAAUUAACUGGUUCCACUCCAAUGCUCAGUACUACAUUGGGUAGAGACAUACUCAUGAUUUCUUAUUACUCUGGGGAACAAAGUGUUUAUUCGUGAAUUUUCGAGUUAUUCUGCCAAACCUUACUUGCAAGUCUAAGAUAUGUUACUCGAUUAGUAUUUGCAGGACGUUCUCAACAUGGACAUCUUUCAGUUGAUGAACUUCAUCGUCUGGAUUUUGCUCGUGCUUUUACCUCAUUCAUCAAAUGCUGCUGCAAUGUCCCAUGAGUGCCGUUUAGAUUCGGACUGUUCAGAAUCUAGCUUUUGCGAUCAAUCGCAUUUCAUCUGUGAAAUAUGCCUACCAUGCCAGAGUAUUUUAAAUCGGGCGGAGGGCGUUGACAAAUGCGCCAAAUCAGAAGAAGAUUGCGGACGUUGCCUUAGAGGAUUUCAAUCGGAAGAUUUGACAGGACAAAGGCGCUCCUACAAGUGUUUCCCAAUACUAGAUAAACAAGCUGAAUUUCCACCGCAUCCUUCAUCCUUAAUGACGUGGAAUGAGUUUAUAACUUUAGCCGCUGCCAUUAUGGUGCUGGCAGCUAUGUUGGUAGUUCUUACCACCUACUAUGUAAAAAGCCGUUAUAGUAUGCCGCGGGAGAACGCCAACGCUGGAACUAGAAAAAGAAUUUCAACGCAAGUCGAUAUUCUUCCACCGCCCUAUAAUGAAGUGGUCUCAUCGGAUCAGACGUACACUUUUGCCACAGAAGAAUCAUCCGAAGAAAUGAACCAAGCAACGCCAAUCGGUCGCUACCACAUGAUCCACAGAGAAGAUGAAACAAAUCGCGAGGAUCUUGACUUGGCUGAGGACUUGCACUCCGAAGAAGAAUCCACAUUGGGUUCUACCGAGACCAUUCCGUCUUCCUGGGAACCUAGUGGGACGACCAAUCAUUUAGAGGGUGUUACUGUUUUAAUUCAACAGACUCCUCGCAUAGUUAGAAGCCAGUCAUCGACCACAUUCAACAUGCUUCGUGAAUUUUCUUCUCGUUCUUGCCCUAAUCUUUCCAGCUCGAUUUACGCUGGAAUCCAUCGGGAACGACAUAUCUUGCUCUCCAGCUUCAGGCGUCCAAUAACGAACACCGACCCAGUAGCUAAACAACAGGAUGAAGGCCGUCGCUUUCAACUGAAUGAUCCACUUCGCCAACAUCCACUGUCGUGCAAUGAGAUCAGACAACCACAAGAAAUUAGCAGCGUUAAUAACGAACGUAUACUUCUUCAACCAACUUCAGUUCCAGAAGAUAGCUCAGCAACCCAAGCUUCUGAAUCCAUCGAUCCCUCUGAUACGCUCUUGCUGUUUUCAAGGAGACGAGUCCGUGUCGAUGAAACCCCAGUCAACGCUAAACGGCGCCAUAUGGAAUAGCUUCAUCAAUAUUUUCGUUACGCAAAAUAUUCCAUGUUGUUCCAACUGUGGGUGUUUGAGGCACAGAGAGUUCGCUUGUUUGUCUUUCUUUGAAAUUAUCGCAUUAUUUUAGUUUUUGAACAAACGAAAUGUAAAUAUCCAAAAGAUGAAAGUUUGACUAAUAAGUUUUCGUUACUACAUCGUUUUCAAAUACAAAUAAUUUGUUUGCCA